CGGCAGCCGGCAGCCCGGGUCCGUGCUGAGGAGCUCUGGGACGGGCAGCGUUCACCAGAUCCGUCCCCUCGGCGCUGGCAGCGGGAGCGGAGCCGUGCUGGUGCUCAGCCAGCUCUGGAGCUGGUGUUUGUUUGGGAAGGGAGGAGGUGGAAGUGGUGUUAAGGCAGCGUUGGGAAGCGUGGGGCUGCGCUGGGAGGUGCUUUGCUCUGUGGGGUGGUGGAGUCGCCGUCCCUGGAGGCAAUGGAGAGCUGUGGGGAUGUGGCAGUGAGGGACGUGGCUUAGCGGGUACAAGGGGUGGUGGUGGGUGGGCAGUUGGAAUUGAUUUGAGAGGUGUUCUCCAGCCUUAAUGAUUGUGUGCUCAGAGCUUUGCACGGGGACAGGGACUCACGGCUUUGUGCUUUUUCAACAGAGCAGUGUGCAUUCAGUGUGUGUUCAGAGCGUGCAGCCCCAGCCUGGAGUGGGUUUGUUGCUCCGUGGGCACUCUGGUGUGCUGGAAAUGGGCAGCGUAUGCUGACAAAGAAGAGUUGAGGGGUAGAAGUGUGUCCCUUUUCUCCAGGCCGUUCCUUUUACCUUGGCUCGGUUGCAAAAGAUGUGUGACUGCUGGCUUUGGCUUCCCACUGUGGCCCUUUCCAGUGUGUACUUUGCUGGGGGGUCAAUUGCACCUUUUAAUAGAGCUGGAGCAGUCCUGUAAGGCACAGAAUCUGCUGGUGGUCUAAAGGUGAAAGCAAUACUGUAAACCUAAGCAGUGCAGAUUAACGAGGAAAAGAUGAAGACCUUAAUUCUGAUCUUUGGUCACAGAGCUCUGUAUGCAACAGUGAAACCAGCGCAGUGCUUUCUGAGGCGGAGCUGAAGGCAAAUCCUGCUUCUGGAAGAGAUGUUAGGAGGACUUGCAGUAACUCCUUGGCUGAAGGAAGGAGUGUUUUUGUUGGGAUGGAAGAGAAGUGAUAUCAUCCUGCUCUCUGUCUCCAGACUCUGCUCUUACUGUAUGGGAAGAGCUUGAUUUGAUGCAGCAUCAGGAGAGGAGCUGGCACCAACUCCUUUCUGUCUUGGACACAGAAGUACUCACUGAGGCAGGAAGCUGAUAGAUAUGGCAAGGUAACACUGCACCAAAGAUUUUGUUUGGGCAGAGGGAAAUGAACAACCAGUCAGACAGUGUGGUUGGAGGGAGUUAGGGAUGGGACACAGUGCUGGAGUAGGAGCAUUGGUGAGCAAGGAGUUGGGCUUUGAGGUUAUCUGUGUGACUUAGGCAUUAACACAGCUGGGCUGACUGGUUCUAUGUGGUAGCUCUUUGUGCUGAUUGGUGCCCAGUGUAGGGGCUGCUCAGUCCACAGAAACACACAAGAGCAAGGGCAAAAUCUAUGCUAUGUGUGCAUGGCUUUUGCAGUGGCUGGAACAAACAACACAUGUGUUCUGUACAAGUGGCAGAUGGAUGGCAUAGACUCUUCCAGAAUCCACUUGGGCUGCAUGGAUGGAGAGAGCAGGUCCCAGAGGAACUGAGUCAGUGGCAAAGCUGUUCCAAGGACUGCAGGGCAGCAGGGAGAGAGGCUUUGCCUUUUAGGUGCUGUGAGUGCUUUGCACAGUGAAACCUUGCAUGGAGACAGCACUAAAAUCCUGAAGAGAUGGAGCAGCCUGGAGCAGCAGCAUCUCUUCACAGGGCCUGGUAGGCUGUACACAGCUGUUGGGGCACAUCCUACCUCUGAAGACUGCUGUUUUGAAAAGCAAAGCCAACACCAAACCAAGUUCCUAUCUCUGGGGUGGAGAAGGAAGCUUCCAAAAGUGUGUUUGUGAGCCAGCAGACAUCAGAGCACAAGUGAGAUCUCUGCAAACUGUGUGAAAUCACCCUGACCAUUUUCCAAUCUUAAAUACUUGAGUAUUAGCAAAAGGUUCUCUGUAGCCAAGUCCUGCACCACAUAAUCAUGCUUUUACUGAUGGACCUUGCUUUGCCUGAAGACCUGUUCUAGCUACAAAUCCUGAAGUAUUCUUUUUGGCAGAACAGGCUGUAGCUCUCAGCUGCGUUGAGUGUUCUGAACUGUAGUAGUGGCUUUCCCUAGUGAAGAUCUGCCUGUGUCUGUGGUCACCUUGAUCUGGUGGCUCUGACAGCCCUUGUUCAUAGGGCUGUACUCCUGCAGCCACAUGCAGAAGUUUUUUGCUGUCAGUUUAAUUCCUCUAUUGCCUAAAGCAGUGAGCACUUAUGAACCUCUGCAAGGAGCUGGGAAUGGAUGUGGAAAAGGGAGAAGUGGUGGGAAGUGGAAGCUGUUCUUUGGUCUCUUACACAUGGUAAGAGGCUGUUUGGUGCAGGGUGUGCUCUGCCCUUGGCUUCUGUGUCAAUCUUCCUUUUGGCGCAAGUCCCGUGCAAGCAAGUCCCAUGCAAUUUGCUGCUUUACAGCAGGAGCUGCAGGGACAGCCCUCCACUUUUAGUAGCGUGGACUAAGUCUAGGUUUUAUCAGACUCCUCCUCGGGCUGAAGUCUCUGAUUGUGCAAUGCUUUCUGCAUCAGAUGGAAUGAAAGGUGUGCCCCUGAGUAAACAGCUUGGAGCACUUUGGAGCUGCCUAUUGGUCCUUCCGCUGUGUCCGCAGCUCAGAUCAUCGCAGAACACUGCAGGCAGGGUUGAUGUAUGUCUUUGUGGACAGUUUUAUCUCGUAUCCUUCCCGUUGCUGUCUCUCUUGUUUAUUUGCAAUCAACACUUGGAGCAGACAUUUUAUUUAUUGUCUGGCCAGAGCAAUCUACUACUGCUUGUGCCAGUUGGCAGCUGCUUACUGUCUCUUCUGCUGUUAUUUGUAUCCAGCUUUGACAAGCUGAGCUGUUUUCUGUGUCCCUCUUUCCACUAGGAAGCAAACUUGCCAUUCCUAUUUCUUGCUUCAGCAGCACAGAAACUGCAUUGCUGUCGUGCUGUCUGAAUUGAGGAGCACUGGGCUCUUGUUUCUUCUCCAGCAUGGUUGGGAUCUUUCCAGCUACAUCCUCACCGAGUGUCACACACACUGAGCAUGCCACCAUUGAGGGGUGUUUUGCAGAGGUGUUUCCUGCUGGAUGGUUCCUGAAGCUUUCCCUCCUGUCAUGAGAUGCAGGGCUGACUAAGGGCAUCUGCACGUUCUGCUUACUGGAGGAUUUUUCCAGCAGUGCAGCAUGCAGUGAAGUCAGGACACAUGUGCCUCCAAAGGGAGCUUGUGAGACAUGCUGUGCAGUCAUGGAGGAACGAGUGAAUCAUUCAGUGUUUACCCACACACUGAUUUGUUUUGUCUGUGUGAUUGUCCAGCUUGUUUCAACUUGGAUGCGUUAGCAGGGAUUGGGCUGCACCUUAACAUUAGCAAAUGCGUCGCUGUUAUCAGAAGGGCUGCAGGAUCCCAAGGGGCAGCAGGGAGUGUCUGGCGUCUUGGUGCUGAGCUGGGGAAGUCUGUGGUGUACCAGGAAACCAAUGGAGAAACAAGAGUUGAAAUAAAAGAGUCUGUCCGGGGGCAGGAUAUCUUCAUUAUACAGACAAUCCCCAGGGAUGUGAAUACUGCUGUGAUGGAGCUGCUGAUAAUGGCUUAUGCACUGAAGACUUCCUGUGCCAGGAACAUCAUCGGGGUCAUCCCUUACUUCCCCUACAGCAAACAGAGCAAAAUGAGGAAGAGAGGCUCCAUAGUCUGCAAGCUUCUGGCUUCCAUGCUUGCCAAGGCAGGUUUAACACACAUUAUCACUAUGGAUCUUCAUCAAAAGGAAAUUCAAGGCUUCUUCAGCUUCCCUGUAGACAACCUGAGAGCAUCCCCUUUCUUGAUUCAGUACAUACAGGAAGAAAUUCCAGAUUAUAGAAACGCAGUUAUUGUGGCCAAGUCUCCUGAUGCAGCUAAAAGGGCUCAGUCUUAUGCUGAGAGGCUGCGGCUGGGGCUGGCGGUGAUACACGGCGAGGCUCAGUGCACAGAGCAGGACAUGGACGACGGACGUCACUCUCCUCCCAUGGUCAAAAAUGCAACUGUGCAUCCUGGUCUGGAGCUGCCAUUGAUGAUGGCCAAGGAGAAGCCACCAAUAACUGUGGUUGGAGACGUGGGAGGAAGAAUUGCCAUCAUUGUGGAUGACAUCAUUGACGAUGUGGAAAGCUUUGUAGCUGCUGCAGAGAUCCUGAAAGAGCGUGGAGCCUACAAGAUCUUUGUGAUGGCCACUCAUGGGCUCCUGUCUGCAGAUGCGCCCCGUCUCAUAGAGGAGUCCUCCAUCGAUGAGGUGGUGGUAACCAACACAGUUCCUCAUGAGGUGCAGAAGCUGCAGUGCCCCAAGAUAAAGACUGUGGAUAUCAGCUUGAUUCUCUCUGAAGCCAUCCGACGAAUCCACAACGGGGAGUCCAUGGCCUAUCUCUUCCGCAACAUCACUGUUGAUGACUAGACCUGACACUGCCCCUGUCCUGGCUUCCACAGGAGAAGGAAAUAUGCAUGAAAAGGCAAUACCAUAAAUUAUAGGCAUAACACAACCGUUUAUUCUUGUAGGAAGGGUGGGAGUUCUCAGGGUCUUCAGCCAUGAGUUCCAAUAGGAAAAGAUCAACCUGACCAGCACUUUACAGUUGAACAGGAGAGGCCACUGGCAGUGGGGAGGGUUUACAACUUGGAGAGAAAUGAGGAAGGUUUGAAUUCUUAAACUCCUUUAUUUUUUAUUUUUUUUUAGCGUUAUCUCUUGCUCUGAAGGGUGGGGGGGGAGAAGAAAAAAGCAAAAAAAAGAAUAGCUGUCAGCUUCUGAGAAAGGAACAGAGAGCACUCGUUGCUGCGUGUGGAUUGCAAGAGGAAGCAACGUUUGGGUUUCUGUUUCUCAUUGUGGCUUGCCUGAGAGAGCACAGAAAGGAACGUCUCACUGAGGCUGCUGGGCUGCACCACUCACUGCUGGCGGAGCAGAGUGCCAGCUGAGCACCCUCUGAUCUCUUGCAUGGCACAGCGAGUGCUUUCAUCAGCUCCAAGUUAGCAGAACAGCCAGAAAGGGCAGCUCAGGGCACAGCACUGCAGGGCUGCUCGGCUCCCUGUGACUGGGCACUGGGAACAAACUCACACGUACCUCCCAGCCAGGGCAAGGGCUGCUAGUUCAUGUGCUGGCCGUUUCAUUUUGUGAGCCUUGGGUCGUUAUUGUGCUUCAGUGGAAAGUCAUGUGAGGCUCUGGGUUGUCACUUGAACACUUGUCUGCACUGCAAAACCAGGCAUGAUUCCUGGAGCUGCCCAAAGCUACUGAAUGGGGGCAGAAUCUUCUCGGGGAGGGGGUUGGAACAGCAUCUGCCUCCAGCACAGCUGGGCUCUCUGAAACAAUAACACUCAACCUGCAAUAAAAAGCAUAGGAUUUCUCUUUAUAUUUUUUUGGUGCUUGCAGUGACCUCUUUGCCCUCUGAACAGCUGCUGUGUCUGAACCAUGAGGCUUUUGCUGUAAAUAGGCUCUCUUGGCAGCUUGUGGCCUUCUUCCAUAGGGAAGCAGGACUUGCUACUUGCUCCUUUCUGGAGUGACACUAAUCCUUGGCCGGGGGGAAUGCUGGAGAAAGCAGCGUGCAGUGCUGGGGGAGGGCUUCAUCUCCUGGUUGACGCAAGGAUCAAUUCCCAAGCUGUGAUCUUCUCCCUUAAUGAAGCAAAUAAACAUGCUCCAGUGACACCUAUA